AUGUCCACUGAACGCCAAGCCGAACCCACUCCCUCUCAGGGUGACGAGGUCCAAGACGAGUUCUCUCGAAUCUCCGAGGAAACUUUCCAAAUCACGGAGGACUUCAUGAGUCAACUUGAGACCAACAUAACAAAUGACCUCAAGGGUUACGAGUCCUACUUCGAAAAUGCCAAAGAUUCUAUCUAUGAUGAGGUAGAGAAGGAAAAAUUGCUCGAAGGAAGCGAGAGGGGAGAACGGGGGGCUUGA